GUACAUGAAAUUUAGCAAUUUUAAUAGAUUGUAAAUUCCAAGAACAAAGUCUAUUCUCUCCGGCCGACAACACUGCUUUCCAUUUUCAACAUUUUUGUGCCAUUUCGCGUGCGUGUACGUAGAGAGAACGCUUCUCCUUUCCAUCUACCUCCACCUGUGUGUCACUGGUGCUGCACCGUUUUUUUUGUGUGUGAAUUGUGCAUACCAAAAAAAAAAGAAUUAGAGUGCCCUCUCACGACGCGUCCUGUGUACGUGUUCCGAAAAAGUGAUACUUUUUUGAACGUAAAACCGAUCUUCGGCUGUAUCGCUGCUGUCUACUGUACAUCAGAAAACCAUGAAGCAGAUUCCGCUGACCUGUUCCGGCCAUACGCGACCCGUCGUGCAUCUGGAUUUCAGUGGUCAAACCGAAUGUGGAUACUUCCUGAUUUCGGCCUGCAAAGAUGGCAAACCGAUGCUGCGGAUGGGCGACACGGGCGAUUGGGUCGGUACGUUCGAGGGUCACAAGGGCGCGGUGUGGGGUGUGGCGCUGAACGAAUCGGCGACACUGGCCGCAUCCGGGGCGGCCGAUUUUACCGGCAAAAUUUGGAAUGCCGUCACCGGCGAGGAGGUGCACAGCCUGCAGCACAAUCACAUCGUCAAAACGGUCGCGUUCAGCCACGACAGCCAGUACCUGGUCACGGGCAGCAACGAGAAGCUGGUACGGGUGUUCGAUCUGAACUCUGACGGCAAAGCGCUAGAAUCGUACGCCGGCCAUGCCGGUGCGGUCAAGCGUGCGCUCUUCUGCCGGAACGAAACGUGCGUGAUUAGCUGCGCGGACGAUAAGUCGAUGCGGCUGUGGGAUCGCAGCACAGGGCAGGAAGUGUCCCGUGUUGAGUUUAGCUCGCACCCGAACGGGCUCGAACUGUCCAAGGAUGGGAACAUUCUGACGGUGACGUAUGGGAACUGUACCGCGUUUUACGACAUGGAAACGCUGACACAGCUGAAAGAGAUUACCAUUCCGACGCGCGUCAGUUCGGCCAGUCUGCAUCCGGACAAGCACAUCUUUGUGUGCGGUGGCGAAGACUUCAAAAUGUACAAGUACGAUUACAUCACGGGCAACGAGAUAGAGUCUUUCAAGGGUCAUUUCGGACCCGUUCACUCGGUGAGCUUCAGUCCGGAUGGUGAGCUGUACGCUAGCGGUUCCGAGGACGGUACACUGCGACUAUGGCAAACCACCGUGGGAAAAACUUACGGACUGUGGAAGUGCACAGAACCGACCGAUCUCAACAAUUCCAUCAGCAAUACGGCUGCCGCUGGUGGUGCCGUGACCCCAACACCAAACAAUCCACCGGUAGCAGCAGCGGCAGCAGCAGCAGCUGUAAGCUGCCCGCCGGUGUCGUCGGCAACCGCACCGGUAACACCCACACCAAACACCAACCGAGAAGUAACGGCCAACUGAACCGACGAGUAAAGCAAGGAUACACACCCAACAUCUUUGCAACCCCAGAAAGCAUGAAAAGCAAAAAAGGAAACCUGCUUUACAAAGGAAAAAAAGGAAAAACAAAGCGGCUGGUUUACUAGUAAGCAGAGAGGCGCCAACACAAGAAGCACAAGGCAAGAACUGGCACUACUGGGUAGGCGGCUAUAUAGACGCGGAGAACUGAAUUGCAAACGCAGUGCAGAGUGCCCUUUCGGGAUGUGUCUUCGUUUCGCCUUUGGCAACAAAAACCAAUAGCAAUUUCCUUUUUUUUACGCGCGAACAACAAACAAUCCCCACUUUUGUGAUCCGAUUUGAUGGUUCGUGCAACGCAAUCGCGGUUCAUGAAUGUGCGAGCAAACGUUUAGCUAUUACUAUUACUACUACCCUUACUACUACUUGUACCAACACUACUACACGUCCACCAUAUGUAUUUCCCUAGCAACGAAGGAUUUCGCAAAGGAUCCCAUGAUCACGGAACGAUCCACAUAAGCGGAACUCUUUCACACAGAUGCGCAUACAUUGGUUGGUACGGUACAUUGGUAGAACGCAUGGUUUGAAUUCCAAAUAUGUCGCUGGAGCGUCUGUGCGUAUUACAAACACGAACACAUCCACCUUACGGAGAGAAGGAAUCAUACUUUUCCCACAACAAUAGCAACGCGCAUAACGACAGUCGUCAACGAACUUGAUUUGAUUGAUUUGAGAAUAAUUUUUGUACUUCUGCCGACUGUGUUUGAUUCCUCCACCCUGUUGUCCAAUAAUCAACAGUUGUUGUUUUGCUGUUUCCGGCUGCCUUUUCGCCACGAACACAAAGUACUUUGCGGUGUUGUGCAACAACACCGAAAGAGAGUAGGUGCGUUUGUGGCAGAGUGUGAAGGGUGGCUAUUUAUACAUAAUAUGUAUGUUUCCUAGUAAUUUAUCCAUGUGUACCCCAAACUACGUGAGAGAUUUUGUUGCGUUUUUUUAAUUAUUUUGAAAUAAAGAACUAAUUGAGCCUGACGCGCGCGCGUGCUCAAGUGCAGCAAAAGGAAAGGUCGUUGAGUUUCGUUUGAGUAAUUUUUUGAGUAUUUUCCAGAACCCAGUGUGUUGCAUUCUAGCUCAGUGAUCCCAUUCUGUUCUUUAAAAUAAAUAUUACCGCUGUCCGUCAGUAAGGUAAACCUGAGCUAUUUUAUAUAAAA